AGAUCAGAGACCAGUGUAGUCGGUGCAAGGGGAGAGGGGACGGGUUUGUGGAUUUUUUGGGAGUGAACGAAGGAUCAGAGAAAGCGUUCAGAUUGGAAAAAAAGUAAGGAAUUUCGGAUUUGAGUGGGGUGAAUCAAGAGCACACGGAGAAGCAAUUCCGGAAUCCUAAAGGCAAUCAUAGUAUAGGGAGCUCCGGUUUGUUGGGUAGAUCUGUUGUUUAAAAGCUGAUUUGUGGGAAAUUGAGAGAGCUUUUUGUAGAGGUUUCUGGAACCAAGUGGAGAGGAAAAUCAUAGGCGAGUUGAGGGGGAAGCGGGCUCGGCUUCUAUUAGGAACGAUUGAUAGAAUUUGUGGAGAGCUCUUGAGAAUGGCAGCAAUCUACAGUCUCUAUAUUAUCAAUAAAUCAGGUGGCUUGAUCUUCUACAAGGAUUAUGGAUCGGAGGGACGUAUGGACACAAAUAAUAGCUUGCGAGUGGCUAGUUUGUGGCAUUCAAUGCAUGCAAUCUCUCAGCAGUUAUCACCAGUCACUGGUUGUUCAGGAAUUGAACUCUUGGAAGCAGACAAAUUUGAUCUCCACUGCUUCCAAUCUCUUACUGGAACAAAAUUCUUUGUCAUCUGUGAGCCUGGGGCACAGCACAUGGAGAAUCUCCUAAAAGUUAUCUAUGAAUUGUACACAGACUAUGUGUUGAAGAAUCCCUUUUAUGAAAUGGAGAUGCCCAUUCGGUGUGAGCUAUUUGAUGUCAAUCUCACACAGGCAAUACAAAAAGAUCGUGUAGCCUUGUUGAGUCGAUGAAAAUGCAUUGGAACAUGCAACAUUGAAUUUGUUGUUUGUUUUAUUGUCUUUGAUUUUAUUUUUUCAUUACGGUGAGUUAUCUUCUGCUGCUUUGCAUUGUCUAAUGCUUCAUAUGGAUGGAAGCUGACCUUGCCCUGGCACAGACCUGGCAGAAAAUACCCAUUGAGGUCUAGGUCCUUUCUGCCUUGCACUAUGAUUGUAACAAAAUUCUGUCUUGAGCUGUCCACCAACAAGGCUACUAUUGAACCAAAAGAAUUGCUGCUGUUUGUAAGAUGCCUUAUAUAUAGGAUAUCUAAUUGCUACCUUGUUGGGAUGUUUAAUCCAUGAUCUAUGUUAAAAAUUUAUGAUGAUCUACAUAAAGGUCCCAGGCAAUGAAGAGUAAGCUUUGACCUAAGCA